AGAUCGGCGGAUUUUUUAUUAAGAAAAAGGGGGAAAAGAAACAGUGUGCGAGAGAGAUCCAAUUCGAAGAAGAUGAAGAUUUUCGUCAAGACUCUCAAAGGCACUCAUUUCGAUAUUGAAGUCAAACCAGAAGAUUCGGUAGCUGAUGUAAAGAAGAACAUAGAAACAGUUCAAGGAUCAGAUAUUUAUCCUGCUUCACAACAAAUGCUUAUCCACAAGGGGAAGGUUCUUAAAGAUGACACAACAUUGGCUGAGAACAGCGUUGCCGAAAAUAGCUUUAUUGUUAUCAUGUUGACUAAGAGUAAGAGUUCAUCUGGUGGGGGUGCAACUGCUUCAACAGCUUCUACCACUAAAGCUCCCCAGGCAAGUGCACUGGCACCAGCGCCGGCUCCAGCGCCGGUUCCAGCACCGGUUCCAGCACCGGUACCAGCACCAGCAUCAGUUACUUCUACACCUGUUGCAACUUCAGCUGUGGCUGCACCUGUCUCUGAAUCUGCAGCUGUUGCAUCAAAUACCACUGCGGCUGCACCUGUUGCAUCAAAUACCACUGCGUCAGAAUCUGAUGUUUAUGGUCAAGCAGCAUCUAAUCUUGUAGCAGGAAACAACUUGGAAGGAGCAAUCCAACAAAUUCUUGACAUUGGUGGGGGAACCUGGGAUAGGGAUACUGUUGUUCGUGCUCUUCGAGCAGCUUAUAAUAACCCAGAGAGAGCUGUUGAAUAUUUAUAUUCUGGUAUCCCAGAGCAAGCUGAAGCUCCACCCGUGGCCCGUGGCCCUGUAGUUGGGCAAACAAAUAAUCCUCAAGCAGAACCUCAACAGCCUGCUCAAGCAGCAGCUGUUCCCACGAGCGGACCCAAUGCAAAUCCUUUAGACCUCUUUCCACAAGGCCUUCCCAACAUGGGCACAGGUGGUGGUGCAGAGGCAGGCACUCUUGAUUUCUUACGCAACAGUCAACAGUUCCAAGCUUUACGAGCAAUGGUGCAGGCCAACCCCCAGAUAUUGCAGCCUAUGCUUCAAGAGUUGGGAAAGCAAAACCCUCAUCUAAUGAGACUUAUUCAAGAGCAUCAGGCUGAUUUUCUUCGCUUGAUCAAUGAACCUGCAGAAGGUGGAGAGGGGAACAUAUUGGGGCAAUUGGCUGACGCAAUGCCACAAGCUGUACAAGUCACUCCGGAGGAACGUGAAGCCAUAGAACGGCUGGAAGCAAUGGGGUUUGAUCGAGCAACUGUGCUACAAGUCUUCUUUGCCUGCAACAAGAACGAGGAACUAGCAGCCAACUACCUUUUAGAUCAUAUGAACGAUUUUGAGGAUUAAUUGGGGGAAAAAAGAUAAUGGCUAGGGGAAGUACCAUUUUCUUUGUCUUUGCUUUUGGUAUUCAUGUCCCUCCCGACCCUUCCGACUUUGUUUUAAGUUUCUUAAUCAAGUGAUGUGAAGUGUUUGGUGCAGACACAAGGGAUAUAUAUGUCUUAAGAUGUUCUUUUCUUUAAGGACCAUUAUUAUAAA